CUCUCAACAAUGUGUGCCAACUUAGACUAAACUCUCACCAUGAAUAUCCACGCUGGACUGGCAGCCCUGAUGCUUGUGCUGACUCUUGGUGGUCAAGUUCACACAGGAAGAAUCAUUGGAGGACGUGUGGCGAAAGCACAUAGCAGGCCGUACAUGGCACUUGUGAAGCAUGGCUCUGAGGAAUACUGCGGAGGAUUUCUUCUAAAUGAGGAUUUUGUCAUGACAGCAGCCCACUGCCAAGACAGCUCGUACACAGUCCUAUUAGGACUUCACAAUGCCUUUAAUCAACAUGAGGUACAGAGUGUAUCUGUGAAACAAUCAUUCCCACAUAAAGACUACAACAAAACAGAUUAUAGCCAUGACAUAAUGCUUCUUAAGCUGAGCUCCAAGGUAAAAUUCAACGAUCAUGUGGCACCCAUUUCUAUGGCGGCUCAAAGUAAGGAUCUGCCAAACGCUCUGCCAAAGUCCUGUUCAGUCUCAGGCUGGGGAAGAAACAAGAGCAGCGAAUAUUUGUCUGUGGUACUCAAGGAAGCCAAUGUCACCCUGAUUCAAAAUAAGAACUGUGAAAAGCAAAACCUGUACUGCUCUGAAGGAGAGCCGAGACCAGCUGAGGGAGAUUCUGGGGGACCAUUGGUCUGUGAGGAUGGGAAAGCAUACGGGGUGGUGUCCACUGAAUCCAAACCUUUCGAUGGCCAAGUGAUCGUUUCUUACACAAAGAUUUCUAACUAUGGGAGCUGGAUCAAUGCAAACCUGAAAAAUUGUUUGAAGUUUGGAGUAGACACUGGCGGUGUCUACUACUAUAAACACUUCCUUUUCCUUCUGAUAAAAGGAAGCAUUCAAAGACUGUACGUGUCAGUGAUGUGUGUCAUUGCUCCUCAGGAACUUGACUCGACUGAUCUCACCAUGACUAUCAACUUUAAACUGGUGAUACUGAUACUUGCACUGAAUCUCAGUGGUCAAGUUCAUACAGGUGAAAUCAUUGGUGGUAAACCGGUUGCACUGCACGGCAGGCCAUACAUGGUGCUGGUGGAGACACAUAUGCAGAUUGGAAAACCAUCAUACUGUGGUGGCUUCAUUCUGAACGCAGAAUUUGUGAUGACUGCUGCACAUUGCCAACCCAAUCAUUUCAGGUCCCACACAGUCUGGCUUGGAUUUAACAACUACGGUAACAGAAAGAUGAGCAUACCUGUGGAGAAACCAUUUCCACAUAACGACUUCAAUGCAACUGAUUGCAGAAAUGACAUGAUGCUACUCAAAUUAAGCUCCAAGGUCAAUUUUAGCCAAGAUGCACGUCCUAUUGCGCUGGCAGGUGAAGACAACGCCUUGCUGCCAACAUCAUGUUCAGUCUCCGGCUGGGGAAGCACAAACUCGAGUGACAAACGUAUGUCUCAUGUACUCAUGGAAGCCAAUGUCACAAUCAUUGCCAGUGAGGAGUGUCCUAAGGAAAACUCCUACUGCUCUAAGGGGGAGACUGGACCAUAUGAAGGAGACUCUGGGGGUCCAUUGGUCUGUGAAGAUGGGAAGGCAUACGGAGUUGUGUCUACCGGUCAGGAAUCUGGUCAGCUCCUCCGUAGCUACACUAAGAUUCCUGAUUACAGAAGCUGGAUCGACAAGAUCAUGGCGAAUCCUGAAAACGCUUUAAUACUUGGCUGAUCUAAUUACAACAUGUGAAUAUAUCUGUUUGUGUAACAGUGGGGAGCUAGAAGUUGAGUCUGUUACAAUUAAAUGAGAUGACCAACAUUUUUAUUUUUUUUAUUUUACAUAUGUUGAAUGAGUCUUACUCAGUUGCUUUGAAAAUAUUUUAUCAAAAUUAGCUCAGCUUUUAUAAUUAAAUAUCUGUUGAGACUUCCUGUUGUUUGGUAGAUGUGAUCUCCUGCUAUGCAACAUUAUAUGGUUAAAUACAUUACUGCUUUGUUCAUCUUUUUUCUUUUUAAUCUUGUCAAAAUAACGGUUUCAUUUAAGUUUGUUUUGUCAUGACUUUUAAAACAAGGAACUGUUGCUCUCUUUCCAUGAUCUCUAAUAAUGAAAUAAAAUCAACAAAAAAGACAA